GCGGGCUGAAGGGGUCGCGGGCGCACGCGCAGUUGGGAGCAGGGCCUCGAUUCUGUGGUGGUGUGGGCGAGCUGGGUGCUGGUGGACUCGUGUUGGCCCUCAAAAACCCCGCGUAGCUGCUGCCACCCUCUCCUGCCCUCACCAUGUUCCUCACCCGAUCUGAGUACGACAGGGGCGUGAAUACUUUUUCUCCUGAAGGAAGAUUAUUUCAAGUGGAAUAUGCCAUUGAAGCUAUCAAGCUUGGUUCUACAGCCAUUGGGAUCCAGACAUCAGAGGGUGUGUGCCUAGCUGUGGAGAAGAGAAUUACCUCCCCACUCAUGGAGCCAAGCAGCAUUGAGAAAAUUGUAGAGAUUGAUGCUCACAUAGGUUGUGCCAUGAGUGGGCUAAUUGCUGAUGCUAAGACUUUAAUUGAUAAAGCCAGAGUGGAGACACAGAACCAUUGGUUCACCUACAAUGAGACAAUGACAGUGGAGAGUGUGACUCAGGCUGUGUCCAAUCUCGCUCUACAGUUUGGAGAAGAAGAUGCAGAUCCAGGUGCCAUGUCUCGUCCCUUUGGAGUAGCACUGUUAUUUGGAGGAGUUGAUGAGAAAGGACCCCAGCUGUUUCACAUGGACCCUUCCGGGACCUUUGUACAGUGUGAUGCUCGAGCAAUUGGCUCUGCUUCAGAGGGUGCCCAGAGCUCCUUACAAGAAGUUUACCAUAAGUCUAUGACACUGAAAGAAGCCAUCAAAUCUUCACUCAUCAUCCUCAAACAAGUAAUGGAGGAGAAGCUGAAUGCAACUAAUAUAGAGCUAGCCACGGUGCAGCCCGGCCAGAAUUUCCACAUGUUCACAAAGGAAGAACUUGAAGAGGUUAUCAAGGACAUUUAAAGAAGCAUGAUCCUCAGAACUUCUCUGGGACAAUUUCAGUUCUCCUAAAUGCUUUUAACUUUUAAUUCCAGCUCCUGUUCUUGGAAGAUCUUCAGUGUAUGUGCAUUUUUUUUAUGAUGUCUGUACAUAAAGGCAGUUCUGAAAUAAAGAAAAAUUUAAAAUUUGUUAAUAGA